AUGGCUCCCAAGGUUCUCGUCGUUCUCACCUCCCGCGAUAAGAUGGACAAUGGCAAUCCCACUGGCUGGUAUCUGCCCGAGUUUGCCCAUCCCUACUACGACCUCGUCGGCGAGGACGAGUCCAACCCCAAGGCUGAGAUUGUCGUCGCUUCUCCCGCCGGCGGCAAGGCUCCCCUGGAUGAGGUGUCCAUCAAGAUGUUUGAGAACGACCCCGAGUCUGUCAAGUUCCUCAACGAGAAGAAGUCUCUCUGGGAGAACACGCGGCCUCUGAGCGAGUUCCUCGGCAAGGCGUCCGAGUUCGACGCCAUCUUCUACCCUGGUGGUCACGGCCCCAUGUUUGACCUUGUCAAGGACGAGACCUCGAUCAAGCUCAUCGAGGAGUUCUACAAGGCCGGCAAGCCCGUUUCCGCCGUCUGCCACGGCCCCAUCGUCUUUGUCAACGUCACCAUCGACGGAAAGCCUCUCCUGCAGGGCCGUGAGGUCGCUGGCUUCAGCAACUCCGAGGAGGACGCUGUGCAGCUGACCAGCGCCAUGCCAGCCCUCCUCGAGGAUGAGAUCAAGCGCGUCGGUGGAAACUACGUCAAGGGUGAGGACUGGGGUGAGAAGCUUGCUGUUGAUGGACUGGUCAUUACUGGACAGAACCCUGCUUCCGCCCAUGCUGUUGGCAAGGCUCUUGCCAAGGCCAUUGGCAUCUAA